CCACGCGAGCGACACACUUCGUAUCCAAUACGCUGAAAGAGGGCAGGCAGGCAGGCCUAAAAUUGUGCAGCUCUAAAACUAAGGGAAAUAUAAAGAAGAAUAAUAAUUAUGAAACCCGGUGUGGACGAACAGUCAAAAAAUGGAGUUAACAAGAAAAAGUUCAGUAAACCACUCAUGGAGAGAAGAAGAAGGGCGCGAAUAAACGAAAGUUUAAAUGAGUUAAAAAGCCUUGUAUUAUCGUCGUUAAACAAGGAUCAUUCAAAAUUUAACAAAAUGGAAAAGGCUGAUGUUCUUGAAUUGACUGUAAAUUACCUCAAGUCACUGAAUGCCAACGAGCAGCGCUCAACCAAUGAUACCGAGCAACAUUUCGUAGCUGGAUACAACGAAUGCGCCCGCGAAGUUCAGAGUUAUCUUCUACGAUCUAAUGAAGUCAACCCACAGGUCAAAGCACGCAUGCUUAGUCACAUAUCUGCACCCCCACAGGAAAUGACGUCAAGAUCGAACUUGCAUUCGCAAGGGAAGCGAGAUGAACAUGCGUUUGUUGCAGGAAAACCCGGCUUCUCUCCUGUAAUAUCAGCUUACCCAUCGCCACCUGCUAGUCCAGUUGGAGUGCUGUUGGCAAGGGUACCACAUUCACCGAACGAAACAACAUCGUCACCAGAAUUCCAAUGGACCUCUUACCUUGAAAACAGGCUGUCGAGCUCUCAGGAGAGACAGGGACUUAAAAAAUCAUUUUCAAGCCAAAGACUAUGGCGGCCUUGGCAAAGUCUUUAAGAUGUUAUUUCGUUUCCUAGAAAUUGUAGUGUAAAUAUUGUAGUUGUUUUGUCAUUCUGGUGUUUAUAUCAUGUACAUAUAUUUUAUAUUAACUUAUGAGAAAUUUCAGAAGUCAGAUGUAAAUAUGAGGGUAUAAUGUAGAUUUGGAAUUGAAUUUCAAUAUUUCAUAGCAAAAAU